AUUCGUGGUACACGCCGUACGAUGGUGAUAACGACAACAUCUGGCUCAACAAAUGCUUCGUGCUCAACAACCAUCGAAAGUCAUGCCUCAACGUCCAGUGGUGUUUCAUCAAUGGGCACCGGUGUCUACCUUAGCAAUUCACGUUUUAUUCGCUCAUUCACGUUUUUCAUAACAGUCACUAAUCAUUCACAUCGUUCAUAA